UUGUUUCAUUAUUAAACUCUCAUCUGAGGUUUAAAAACUAUUAAGAAUUGUUUAUUAUAGCAUUUGUUUUUUUUUCUGUGUUGUGCAAGAUGUUGAACAAAAUGUUUGUUGUGAUUUUAAAUGGUUUCUGGAGUCUAUCUGGUGUGUUUGGUAGUGAGUCGAGGUCAGUGAUGGAGGGAGAUUCUGUCACUUUAUCUGUUAGUCUCACUGAAACACAGAUUAAAGAGGGAAUCUCCUGGAAGUUUGGACCUCGGGAUGUCACCAUAGCUGAAAUUGAAGUUGGUGACAUUAACAUUCGUUUAUAUGAAGAGAGAGUUGAUGGAAGAUUCAAAGGCAGAAUGAAGCUGGAUCACAGUGGAUCUCUGAUCAUCACAAACACCAGAACCACAGACUCUGGACUUUAUCAAGUGAUCCAAACCAGCACAUACACUCAACUCGAUAUAUUUCAUCUUACUGUCUAUGCUCCUCUUCCGGUUCCUGUCAUCACAAACGUCUCUCCAGAAAACACUUCAUCAUCAGAAAGAUCAAACUGUUUAUUAUUGUGUUCAGUGUUGAAUGGGAGAGGUGUAACUCUCUCUUGGUACAGAGGAAAGAGUUUAUUGUUUAACAUCAGUGAGUCUGAUCUCAACAUCAUCUCUCUACCUCUGGAGGUGGAUUAUCAGGAUACAAACACAUACAGAUGUGUGGCCCAACAUGCUUUAAGCAAACAGACUCAAGAUUACUGCCUUACUCAUCUCUGUCAACAGUGUUCAGGAACCUACGGCUGUGCGUGUGGUUUUACUAAAGCUGUGAUCCGAUUGGUCGCCUCUGUUCUGGUGGGCGUGGCUGCUGUUGCUGUUCUGGUUUAUGACAUCAGAACCAGAGGAGAUGAAGAGAAGAAGAGGAUGAAAUCGGACAUACAGUUAGACACACUUGAUUCAGAUGAAGAUUAGGUUUUGGUUUUACUAAUCCUAUAUAGUUCUGCAUAUCAGUUCUGGUUUUUAUCCGUUUCAAUUCCAGUUUAGUCAAACACUUAGAUAAUGAAAUGUCAUUCAGCCCACUUAUUGAAUGUGAAGUAAUGCAUUUUGAGCAAUGUUUUAAAAAAGCAUGCUAAUAUCAUGGUUAAACUAUGGUAACUGAGUCAACUGCUAAUAUAUGGUUACUGUGGAUUUACCCAAAUAUCAUGCUUGAACCAUGGUUACUGUUGGACGGCAAUUUUAAAUUCAUGGUUAGCCUAUUGUGGUUUAAUUACAAAUACAGAGGUUUAACUGUGGUUACCAUGGCAAGGCUAUGGUAAAGUUGUGGCUAGUACUAUGGUUUACUACAAAUACCAUAUUUAAACUAAGGUAUAAACAAUAAAACAUUUUAAUGUUAUUUUAUAGUAUAUUUUAUAGAGGUCACAGGUUAAUGGAUGUACAUUACCUCACAAAUACACAAUGAAUCAAAUAAAAUAAAUAUUUAUUCUUUGAGUAAACUGUUGCCAGUAGCUCAAUGUGUUCUUGAUUUACUUAUUUGUCAUACUUCAACUUUUACUACGUAUGCUUAUGGUCAGUAAUGUUGUUUAUUUAGAUGCUAUUUGGUUGCGGCUAUAGUUUUAUCAAUGACUGACUUGUCGGUCUGUUGUGGGUACAUUUACAUGCUCCGAAACGUGACGCUAGACAAAACAAACUGUGAUUGGUUGUUUGACAUCCAGACCUUCAGUCACUACAGUCGUGCUAAGUGGGCAUGGCUUCAACAACCAGCCACCUCAGCUUUUACACGAGUGAGUGAUGCACGGCCAAGAUGGCAAAGGCAGGCACCGCUUACUAUUGGCUUCAAAAAAGCUCUUCUAUGGGUGAUGUCACGGACACUACAUCCAUAUUUUUACAGUCUACAGAUCUACUAAACUGCCGUAGUCCUGCUUGCAAUCUGUCUAUGUACCUAAAGUUUAGUGUUUCU